AUGUCCACUUUCGUACUUCUCAUCGCUCUUUCAUCGACAUUAGCCCUAGCUCGACCUGAUUCUAUUGAUGAUGUCAGGAAGAUUAUCGCCAAAGGACCUUAUUAUAAUCGCAACGCCUACCCUAAUCAGGAUUUGGACAAACCAACGACAGUCUACAUCCAAAUGUACAUCGAAGGAAUGUCAUCAUUUCGGGCACAAACGAUGGAUUUCCAAGUAGACAUCUAUUUUCAAGAGAAAUGGAUCGAUAAACGUUUGGCGCACAACAAUACCAAGAGGAUUCUGCUCAAGGAUCCGCACCUGUUCAAAUUAAUUUGGCACCCUGAUAUAUACUUUGCGAACGCACGAACCGCAGAGUUUCAUGACGUAACGCAACCGAACUUCCUCGUUUGGAUAUACCCUAAUGGAACGGUGUGGUACGAUUGCCGGAUUUCGUUGACGGUGUUGUGUAUGCAGAAUUUGGCACGAUAUCCGCUGGAUUCUCAAAGUUGUGCGUUGAGGAUACUGAGCUAUGCUUACGACACAGACGAGAUAGUGAUCAAAUGGAAUGGACCAGAUCCAAUAGACGUGAAUCCAGAGAUUCGAAUGCCUGACAUGCGCUUGCGUUCCAUACAUCCCUCAAUUCGAAACGACACUUACGCAACAGGGAUUUGGUCUUGCGCUUUGGCAGAUUUCCACGUUGAUCGCGAGAUUAUGCAUCACAUCAUACAGUCUUACCUUCCUACUGCACUUAUUGUCGUUAUUUCGUGGUUUUCAUUCUGGUUAGACGUUGAAGCCGUUCCAGGACGUGUUUCCUUAUCGAUAACGACUUUGUUAACUCUGGCAACACAGAGUAGUGCCGCUAGAAUGGCUCUACCACAGGCCUCCUAUGUGAAAGCUAUCGACGUCUGGAUGGGCGCAUGCAUGACAUUUGUUUUUUCCGCAAUGAUUGAAUUCACCGUGGUGAACUACUGUACACGUCGGAAAUCUCGAAAACAAGAAAAAACGAAAGGACUUUCAGAACAAGUACAUAACUUAGUAGCUCAAUAUAAGGAGAAAAAAGGGUAUCAGAAUGGUGUGUGCUAUGAAGUAUCGCUGUGUGACAAUGAAAAUUCACAAGAAAACUAUGAGAAGAAGCAAUUACGUGAAAUGAAUCAAACACCUGUGUUGAUGAGACAGAACUUCUUAUCAAAUAGGAAACGAAAAGCCAUUGAAGAGCGGAUGAAUCGAGUGGAGGAAAACCGCAAAUAUGCCCAAUCGAUUGAUAGACGAAGUCGAGUAUACUUUCCGUUAGCGUUUAUCUCAUUCAACGUGAUCUACUGGAUCUACUACAUCAAAUAUGCCGUGGAUACGAUUGAAUAG